CUCACGCUUCUCAAUCCCCAAUUCCACAUCUCUGCUUGCAUUUCUCGGUCUUCUUCUCUGGAAACCCUAACCCUAGUUCAUCGGAAGCCCCUCGACGCUGACGGGGAUUCAUGGACGCCAUCUCGGUCCGAACCCUAGCGCUAGUCGUGGCGGUUCUGGUGGUCCUACUACCGCCGGUGAGCCCUAACUCAGAGGGGGACGCGCUGUACGCCUUCCGGCGGAGCCUUUCUGACCCGGAGAACGUGCUUCAGAGCUGGGAUCCGACGCUUGUGAACCCCUGUACCUGGUUCCAUAUCACCUGCAACCAGGACAACCGCGUCACUCGCUUGGACCUUGGAAAUUCUUAUUUAUCUGGCCAUCUUGUGCCUGAGCUUGGAAAACUUGAACAUUUACAGUAUCUGGAGCUUUACAAAAACAACAUUAAAGGGACAAUCCCUGCAGAGCUUGGUAAUCUGAAGAGCCUUAUUAGCUUGGACUUGUAUAACAACAACAUUUCAGGAACUAUCCCUCCGUCAUUAGGGAAGCUGAAGUCCCUGGUAUUCUUGCGGCUGAACGAUAACCAGUUAUCCGGGUCAAUCCCAAGGGAACUUGUUGGAGUCCCCAGUCUGAAAGUUGUUGAUGUUUCAAACAACAACCUUUGCGGGACAAUACCUACUAGCGGACCUUUUGAGCACAUCCCAUUGAAUAAUUUUGAGAACAAUCCUCGGUUGGAAGGUCCGGAGUUAUUGGGUCUUGCAUCGUAUGAUACAAACUGCUAAAUGGUGAUUGAUGACGUAAGUCACUGCUCGGUUCCCUCUUGAUAUUCUAAAUAACUAGAAUAUCCACUAUAUAUGACUCUAGAUUGGAUCCUUAGUUGUGAUGUAGUUCUACCUUGCAGCUAUUUGUCUCAUUGUAUUUGUAGUUCAUAGAUUGCUGCUAUCUUGUAAAAUAUGUGUGGUGAGAAAUACUUGGUACCGUAACUUAGAUUUUCAAUAAAUCGUAGACAAAACUAAUGCUAGAUGAACUAGCAUGUAUCAAUCUUUAUCUUAAAAGCUUUAUUUAUCUAAGAAUGUUUUAGCUCUA